AUGGAACUUAAAAAAUUGAUGGAACAUAUUUCUAUUAUCCCCGAUUACAGACAACCCUGGAAAGUGGAACAUAAAUUAUCGGAUAUUCUACUGUUGACUAUUUGUGCCGUUAUUUCUGGUGCAGAAGGUUGGGAAAAUAUAGAGGAUUUUGGGGAAACACAUCUCGAUUUUUUGAAGCAAUAUGGUGAUUUUGAAAAUGGCAUUCCUGUUCACGAUACCAUUGCCAGAGUUGUAUCCUGUAUCAGUCCUGCAAAAUUUCACGAGUGCUUUAUUAACUUGAUGCGUGAUUGUCAUUCUUCAGAUGAUAAAGACGUCAUUGCAAUUGAUGGAAAAACGCUCCGGCACUCUUCUGACAAGAGUCACCGCAGGGGAGCGAUUCAUGUCAUUAGUGCGUUCUCAACAAUGCACAGUCUGGUCAUCGGACAGAUCAAGACGGAU